AUGGAUUGGUUCAACAGACUGAGUCUCGCAGCCUCUCAAGGCCCAGCCACUGUGGAUUUGCAAGCGCAAGAUGUACCUGACGAAGCGCAAGAUGUGAAUGUCGACAUGCUAGCUCCUGAAUCUGAUACCGCCCGAACCUUUCUAGUAUCUUUUAACCUUUGGCAACUUGUGAUACCUGACAAACCUGCUAACCUUAAGAAACGGAAAACCGCUGGUGGAUCCAGACCAAGCCAGCAGAAGGUCCCAGUUCCGAAAUACGAAAAUUACAAUCCCAAGGUGCAGAACAAUAAACUCACGCUAUCUGAUCCCAAAGUCCUCCUCAACUUCAAUCUUUUCAAACCAAAGCUGUUCUUAGCGUGCGACAAGACACUUCCCCGGGUUUCUGAAGCCCUUAUGAAGGCUUGCACUUCCCAAAACGUCACUAUUCAAGGCUUCAUCAACGGUACUCGUAAAGUCAAAGCAGUCAAGUUGGUUAUUGACGAUGACGAAUCACUUCAACAUUUCAUGUCUGCGAGUCAGCUAGUUCCUUCCUCGACACCCAUGGGCUUCAAAAUCCACCACGAAAACCCCAAACUUGCCAGUUCCGCCACUCGUUUCAUGGCCACCUUGCGCUACAGCCCUGAAGUCAACGCAGCUUUGGAAGAGUCUGAGGGUGAGGAAUCCAAAGCAGGCUCUCAAGGUUCCGCCAUCUUAAGUCAAGGCGAAAGAAACCUUUGGACUUUGAUGGAUCGUUUUGCCAAAGACUUCAAGCGGGGUGAAAAUGUCACCUCAGUGGCUAACCCAAAGAAUCCAGGAGAAAUUGUUCUCCUCAACACUUCUCGCAUCAGGACUUGGGCAAAUGAUUGGGUUAGUAUCCAUCAUUUCCAUUUUCUUAAGGCCUUUCAUCUCGGAUGGUUCUGA